GAGAUAUAGGAGGAGAGGAAGGAGAGAUGGGAAGGAGAAGAAGGAGAGAUGGGGAGGAGAGGAAAGAGAGAUGGGGAGGAGAGGAAGGAGAGAUAGGAAGGAGAGAUUGGAGGAGAGGAAGGAGAGAUGGGAAGGAGAGAUGGGGAGGAGAGGAAAGAGAGAUGGGAGGAGAGGAAGGAGAGAUGGAGAGGAGAGGAAAGAGAGAUGGGAGGGGAGAGAUGGAGAGGAGAGGAAGGAGAGGAGAGAUGGGAAGGAGAGGAAAGAGAGAUGGGGAGAGGAAGGAGAGAUGGGGAGAGGAAGGAGAGAUGGGGAGAGGAAGGAGAGAUGGGAAGGAGAGGAAAGAGAUGGGGAGGAGAGGAAAGAGAUGGGGAGGAGAGGAAAGAGAGUUGGGAAUGAGAGGAAUGAGAGAUGGGGAGGAGAGGAAUGAGAGAUGGGAAGGAGAGGAAAGAGAGAUGGGAAGGAGAGGAAGGAGAGAUGGGGAGGAGGAGAGGAAUGGGAGGAGGGGGGAAUGGAAAUAUGAAUGGGAGGGAGGAACACACUGCACACUGGGAGGAGCCUCAGAGGGGUGGAUUCUGUCCAUCUCCCAAAUCCAUAAAAAUUAAAUUAUGAAUUUAUUACAUUUUGUGGGGAGGGGGCUUAAUUUUUAUGGAUUCCAUUGGUACCCCUAUAAUACAUGUUUCAAUUUACAGAAACCAUAUCCUCUAAAUUACAUGUAUAUCCCAACAAAACAGUAAAAUCUCCACAAAACAGUAAAAUCUCCACAAUCCAUGAAAAUUACAUCUCCACAAAACAGUAAAAUCUCCACAAUCCAUGAAAAUUACAUCUCCACAAAACAGUAAAAUCUCCACAGUCCAUGAAAAUUGGCCCACACAAAUUUAAAUGAAUCCCGGUAUCAGUUAGUCCGUUCAAAUUUUCCAAAUGUUUAAAAGUAAUCAAAUUUUGAAAUAAAAGAUUUGUGGUAUAGAUCUACAACGAUAUAGAAUGCUUUACAUUUAAAGAAAGUACAGUAAAUAAAUCAAGGAAAGUUAAGAGGUGGACUUGAAAGAGACAGAUUGCAUGGAUACAGAACAAAUCAUACGUAGCUGUAGCACCUCUGAAGGUAGCUGAAAUUCGUGGAGUGCAAAAUUAACAUAAACUCAAAUGAUUGAAGAUAUUCUAAAGACCUAAGUCUUUAAAACAGGUAGUGGCAGUUCCAUCGCCAAACCCUCAGCAUCAGGUGUGAAUAUCACAAUUCCUCGGAGAUGUCCUUAAAAACGGAUGUCCCGUGUCACAGCUAGUAGGUGUGGCACACUAAAGAACCCUCACUGCUUAAUGACCGUAAACGACGAGGAUAGGCCUAAAUUUGAAAUCCUUCACCAGUAUUGGAGAAUAAGAUUGCAUGCACUGGAUUGAAACUCAAAUUAUGACUAUUUCAUUUUGAUAACAAAUCAAAUCAAACUGCAUAUA